GGGCCGCCACGUGUCUCCGAGCGUGCUGGUGAUGAUGGGUCGUGUGGCGCUACUCAUGACCCUGAUGGUGGUGAUGACGAUGGGGAUGGUGGUGGUGGACGCGAAGCCGAGCCGCGGCCCGCACUUCAACACCGCCAUUCGGGAAUACACCAAUGAGAGGACAUGCUGGACGGACGAAAUCUGCAAGACGGAGUUCCAGGCCGAAUUCCGCUGCAAAUGCCCGCGCUGGUACUGGUGUCGUGGUCCCGGCCGCUAUUACCACGCCUAUUGCUCCAUGUCCGCCCUCGGCUACAUCUGGGUGCAGCCUGGGGGACUCAGACCCGAAGACGUGAUGAACAACUGAACGGAUGAAGAACGAGAUGCGUGUCAGGACGGGUUUUGUGAGCUGUUGGACAGAUGAACAACGAGGGGUAGUUUCUAUUCGAAGAGCUCAAGAUAACAAAUGAACAUAUGGACAACGAGAUCUGGGGAUUUUUUUUUUUUUUGUCCUACAACGAAAUGUAUGUGAGAUGACUAUUUCUAUUUGAAGUGAUGGACAACACGACCUAAUAGAUGAACAAUGAGAUGCGUGUCAGGACGAUUUUUGUUCUGUGAUAUGAAAAGCUGAACAGAUGAACAACAGGAUGCGUGUGAGAAUACGAUGAUUGUUUAACGUUGUGAAUAACUGAGCUGAUGAACAAGUGAGUGCGUGAGGACGAUUUUUGUUCUACGAAAUGAAAAGUAAAAAUCAACAAACGAACAAUGAGAUGCGUGAGAAAAGGAUUUUUAUAUGAGUUGAUGAGCAAAUGAAAAAAGACGAAGUGCGCGUGAAGAUUUUCAUUUUCAUUUUCAUUUCAUUUUUAGUCGAUUUUUAGUCGACGGAUGAACAAUGAGAUGAUUAUAUUAUAACUGGUGGAAUUUAUUUUUCGUUAAGAAUGGCGGAAGGAAAAAAGAUGGAUUCGUAUCUUCAUUUUUAUUUUUUUAUUGUGUGUUGAAAGGCGAUAAAGUGAGGUGAUUGGUAUCUUUCCCGGCGACGAGUGUUCGAGCACUGUCUGAAAAUAAAGAAAAAGGAAAAUUGAUGACGAAAUGCAACCGGUGUUUAGCUUUAAGCAAGGUUUUUUUGUGUGUGUAAAUGGUCAACUGAUGGAAAUAUAUCCUUAAUAUAACAACAAUAAUUGUUAUCUCUAUUCAUUUUUAUGAGAAUUCUUAAACACUCAACUCAUUAACAAAUGGUAAUCAGAGGUGUG